AUGAAGGGCAAUCUUCUGAAGCUGUAUGAAUGUCAGAACUGCAGACUCAUAAUGUCUUAUAUAAGGCGAAAAUUAGCUGACGAACAGUUUGCUUUGACACAUGUUGAUGAGGUCAUUGAUGAACUUCUCACAACUGAUUAUUCAUGUGAUAUUGCUAUGCCGCGCAUCAAGAAAAGGUGGACUCUUGAAUCUCUUGGUUCAUUAGAACCUAGGCAAAGUGCACUUAAAGAGGAUUGGGAGCCAAAGAGGAAGAAGGAGAAGAAAGAAAAGAAGGAAAAGAAGGAUGACGGGACUGACCAUCCAGAUCCAGAGAUUGCCGAAGCAAACAGGAUACGAGCAUCACUGGGUUUGAAACCACUAAGGAUGUGA